AUGAAACUUCUAUCAAGUCUAGUUCUAGCAAAUACAGCAAAUGCCGCUUGGGAAGAUAAAUGGAAGACCAUGAUCGCCGAAAAGACCAGGACAAUGUCCGAUGUCGAUGGUUAUAUCAAGUUUCAGCUUAGAGAUUGUAUUGCCGCACGAGAGUCCCUGAAAGCACAGAAUCCUAUUUUGAACGGGCAGUGGAAAUGCAACGAUCCAGCAAAGACCGGUCGGGCAGAGUGCGAAGCCGCUUGUAAAAAUGAUUGGCACGAUGGCGACUGGCAUCGAAUGAAGUUUUCGAUCAAAUGCAAGGAUGGGUUGAAGACGAGAAUGCAGUUUGACGGACCGCCAUCUUGCACUCCUCGAGAACGAGGACAGCAGUGCUGGCAAGAAGAAUGGGCCACGAUCAAGAUGGCACAGACGCUCAACCGAGAGCGAAUCCGAAACGCCGAGGUCGACAACACAAACUGCUGGAAAAGGGGCGUAAAAGCCUUCUGCAAUAUCGAAUGUAAAGAGGGUUACGAACCUGGGUGGAACUUCAAACGGCCAAUUAGAGCAGGGGUCAAUUGUGUCAGGAAAAACUCAUGGCUGAAUCCUCACAGAAGAAAAAUUGGAGGAAAUUUGACUUGCGUCCAGUCAAGUUAUACAUGCAACAAGGAUCACGCCGAUGAACAGUUUCCGCUCGGAAACGGAAGCUGGAACUGCUCUAGCUUCGCGUCUGGACUUCACUGCAUGCCCAAGUGUAAUAACGGCAACGACGGCGAUGUUCGAUACCGCGUCGAAUGCAGAACGACUGGAGUUAACAAGGGAUGGAGCAUUGUUCACGGCCAAGAUCAAUUCAGCGAUGAUGUCUGCCAAUUCGGCACCGACAACAACAAAGAAACCUCCAACGACGAUGUCGUCUUCGAACAAACCACGGACAUCGUCCCAGAAGGCCUGAAAACAUGCACCUCCGAUUCCAACUUCCCCGCUACCCGAGGCUUCCCAGGAGGAGACGAUGAAGACUACAGAAUCGUCGGCGGUGUGACAGUCGAGGCUAACUCUAUUCCUUGGAUUGUCCUCCUCCACGUCAGAACUUACAGUGGCUGGACCGGUCAAUGCGCUGGAUCGAUUCUCUCCGAGCACUGGGUCGUUACUGCUGCUCAUUGUUGCCGAGGCAUUAGAUCAAUCACUGGCAAAUUCGGCGAACACAACAAGUCGCAAUACGACUUCGGCAACGAGUUCUCCCUCUACACCGAAGACAUCUUCAUCCACCCGAAAUACUACGACGACACCGACGACGGAACUCGAAUGAACUACGACAUCUGCCUUCUCAAAUUCGAACAAGACAUCCUGGCCGUCGCUCCCAACAAGGACUCAGUCAAGCCCAUUUGCUUGCCAAACGAAGACGUCACGCACGGCCACGCUUGCUGGGUCGCCGGCUGGGGUACGACAAAAUACGGGGGUUACGCUGCAUCGGAACUUCAAUCCGUCGGUGUCAGUAUUCUCGACCACAACUACUGCAAGGACAAAUCGCACAACAUCGAGCCACGAGAAGACGACAUCUGCGCCACCACUUACGACAAAGACGCCGAUGGACUCACCGACGCUGGCAAAGAUGCCUGCCAAGGCGACUCCGGCGGACCACUGAUUUGCAACAGAGACGGCUUCGCCACAGUCGUCGGCGUCGUAUCCCGCGGAAACGGCUGCGCAUACGAAGGAGAGCCAGGUCUUUACACUUCAACCUUUGUGACAAAAGACUGGAUUCUCGAGACUGUUCGAAACAACUGA